CGACAAGGUAGUCAUUGCUUUGCGAAAGAUAGGGAUUUUAGGUCUGGUAGAAAUCUCAGAGAAAUGGUCUUUCAUGGUAUUGGGCUUCACUCAAGUGGACUGAGUAGGAUGAUCUAACUGUGGGAUUACUCGCUAUCUUUAUUUUUGCUCGAAGCUACCUUUCACAUCCCUGCGCAACAUCAUGCUGCGCACGAAAAGUGUUCGUAGCGCCUCGUCGCAGCUCAAGCUCUACACCGGCAGCUUCGCGCAGCCCCGCCGCGGUAUAGUGACCGAGACCGAUGUUGAAAAGGCACGCGCCUAUUGUGUCAAUCAGCUCAGACACGGUGACUACGAAGCUUACCUGAUCCGCCGCUUCCUCCCUCCCUCAGCCCAAGACGCAUACGAUGCCUUCCGGACGCUCAACCUCGAGCUCGCCCGGCUGCCGGAGACGGUAUCCAACCCGCUGAUAGGCCAGAUGCGCAUGCAGUUUUGGCGCGACUCGAUCAACAGCACAUUCGCCGGCAACCCGCCUCGGGAACCAAUCUCCAUCCUGCUGCACAAGGUCAUCAGCGACCUGGGCCGUCGAGGAUCCCCUUCCUCGAUCAAGUUCUGGCUGCUGAGGCUGCUGAGCACGCGCGAGCAGUACAUGGACAACCGCCCGUUCGCUAGCCUCGCCGCCCUCGAGGACUACGGAGAGAAUACGUACGCGACGCUUAUGUACGCCACCCUGGCCGCCACGGGCCUGCGCUCGCUGCACGUCGACCACCUGGCCAGCCACAUCGGCAAGGCCUGCGGCAUCGCCGCCAUCCUGCGCGGUGUGCCUGUUUUGGCGGCACCGAGGCCACCGGUCCAGUCGCCGCUAGGGGAGAAUUCCAGCAACGCCGGCCCGGCGCUCCUGCUGCCGUUGGAUGUCAUGGCCAAGGCUGGGGUCAGGGAGGAGGACGUUUUCCGUCGCGGGCCCGAGGCUCCUGGCCUGCAGGACGCCAUCUUUGAGGUGGCGACCCGCGCCAACGACCAUCUCAUCACUGCCCGAGAGAUGCUCAAGAACCUCAAAGCUGGCCAGAAUCCGGGCCAUGAUUUCGAGCACGAGGGCGAGAGCGAGCACGUGUACGAUGCGAAAGAUGCCAGCGCAGAAAGGACAAAGCUCGAGGUUCAACGCGGGUUUGGGACCCUGUUGGAGGCUAUCCCGGCCGCUGACUUCUUACAGCGCCUGGAGAAUGCCAACUUUGAUCCGUUCAGGGUCAAGUCGAGCUGGAAGCUGCCGUGGAGCUUGUGGAGAGCAGCACAAAAACAGCAGAUAUAAGCCCAAGUCUUUGGUACCAGCAUAAACCUACUCACGUCAUACUAUAUACCCCGUAAGCUGUAUUAUUAUGUACAAAAUACAUUUAUGAACUGCAAUCAUAUUUACUGUUUUUGAAUCGUAUUAGGCAGACUUCAAGGCAAUCGACGUCUCCUGUACUCUUAAAUACCUAAUUAGCUGAGGUGUCCAAUUAACCCUCGGAUCUCAAUCAUUCCCAUGGCUCCUUGCGCAUACUGCCGCAACAGCCUGCUUCACUGCUGCCGGUGUCGGCAUCAAGAUACAUGCACAUGGCGCAGAGACCGGAGUUAAACGCCCACAAAACGAAUGCGUGCCCAGAUGUGCAAAACCGCAUACGUCAGCAAGCCGACGGCGACCGAUACGGCGGUCUGGCGUGCGAAAGAAUAGGCUGUUGGUUGGGUUCUGUAUCUUGGACAUGUCGUCGGCUCAACCGGCUGUCGUGACAUCACUAGCGCUUGGUGGUGGUGUAGCAACGCACAGGUUCCCGGCGGCGAUUAGAAGAUUAGAUCUGUUCGUCAAGGAGGGCGCUCUGCUGAUCGCUGCUGCAUGGAUAAAAGAAGAUUCCCAUGCAGACAUUCUUGUCAUCGGACGGUCCUUUUGCGCCCGAAUCGCAAUAUUUGAGCUACAUCUUUCCGUCAGAUCGGAUGAUCGGUACCUAAAGUCGCCGUUAGCUCAUAUUUAAAAAGAUGGGGCAACUUAAGGAGGCAAGGAGGCUUCCUUUUAGUCCAGGUGUCGUCCGUCGACUUUGACGUCUGACGUGCGCAUUCGAUGCACACACCCCCUGAUUAUCAAAGAACAUGUCCGGAAAUAACCAUAGCUCACAGUCGAUCAUUGCUUGAUAUCCGACACGUUUCCAGGGCAACGCGAGCCGUUGCUGGUCCAGGUCAAUGCCGGAUAAAGAUCUCGCUGGUUGGGACAGGAACAUAUUCACGUUCGCCGUCGCAAAUGCAGGACUCGUGAAUUUUCAGAUCAGAUCUUGGAAUAAAAUUGUACCAGGACGUAACAAGAAGGAGAUGCGAUGAACAAAAGCCUAAUCAUAUACGUACUGUGCGUAAACAGAUCUGACCGCUAAAGGAUUUACCCUGUAAAAUCGCUUUGCAAAUCCAAGCUCUCGAGUCAAAGUCUCCUUGCAUACAUUUGGAAAGCCUCUUAAAGCACUGGACUAAAAAAGAAACCAUUGUGCAAAUAUCAUUUUAGUAAGCGUUUUACUCAGAUUUGAGUGAGACUACCUAAAUAAUGAAACGUGGC